GCUGGGUGACCACUUAUUUCUUGUGCUGUUCACUGUUGCAUGCUCUUUACUUGGUUGAGUGUUUCAACUCUUUCCUGCGUGGCCCCUUGGCUGCGUUGCGAAUCCUCUACCAUCUGUUGCAGGGCAGCUUCGCUUGAGCAGGCUGAUCAGUUUCCUAGUGACUUGUCAGGAUGGUGGACGCCAUCGCUCGGGAAGUUCCUAUUUCCAAGCAGGCCCUGUUGGAGAGCUCCAAUCAGCUUGCAGACGUUGCAGACUAUUGUGAAAAGCGGUACCUCGAGGCGACGUCGGAGCAUGAGCAGGGCACUAUCAUCAAUGAAUCAAAGCAGUAUACUAUUCAAGCUCUGGCCAGUGUUGCCUACAGUAUUAGUGUGCUUGCUCAGCAUGCCACCAACUUAUUUGACCAACAGUCACAGCAAAUGGAUCGAUUAGAUGAAUCUGUUAGCCAUCUAUCCACGUGUGUCAAGAUCCACAAGGAGAAGAUCGUCCGCCGUGAUAUCGGCAAGAUGUCCAUGUUGAAGCGCAAUCGUCCCGCACCCUGUGUUAGUGUCAGGGAUGGCGCUGCUGUAGCCAAAACCAAAUAUCACUUCAGUCGCAAGAAAAUCGACAGCGCUUCCUUGGACACCAUUGGAUUUGGCUUGCCAAAGCAGCACUCCGAUCCCAGGUGUCGGGCAGGUCAUAACUCACAGAGAGGGAUGCAAUCAGCUGACGGGCAAUCAGGAGCACCUCUACAAUCAAGUGCGUCGAUGCAUUCAUGGUCGAACAGGAAGUCCACCAUAAGAUCAGGAGGUAUGGAUGGAGGCCUCUUCAAAACUGUACACGCCGGCCCGGCUCCCGUUUCCGUUCCUGUGUGUCCACCGAAGGCGGGAUCCAUGCGUUCCAGUGCGUCAGAACCAGGAAUACGGCCUGCCGUCCGACCUGCCUUAGCUAGGCCGGGGCCAGCCCAAGUCCAGGAGGAAGACAACAUGUAUGAAGACUGUGGUCCCAGGCAUAAUCCUAAUCCAGCUAAACCUCCUCCCAAUCCGAUGCAAUUUAAUGCACCUCCUCCCGAUCCGAUGCAAUUUAAUGCGCCUCCUCCCGAUCCAAUGCAAUUUAAUGCGCCGCCUCCCGAUCCGAUGCAAUUUAAUGAGCCAAUGCAAUUUUCACCGCCGAAUACAGCACCACCACCAGCACCCAUGAGCCCGUCAAUAGGUGGAGGGGCUCUGAUGGACGAUCACUUCGAUACCAUGUCACAGUAUUCUACUCAGGAGCAGAUGGCACAGUAUUCUACGCUGACACGCAAGAUGCCAGGCGCGAGCCAGGCACCUCCGCCUCCGGCACCUUCUCAGUUCCACGCCGAUGCAGAUCUGGUGGAGGAACAAACGUCACCCUUGCCACCACCACCACCAUUAUCAACCGACGAUCUGCCGCCUCCGCCACCGCCUCCGGACGAAAACAACUACACCGCUUACGGUGAAAUACCGGACAACCCUCCGCCGGCCCCACGUGAAUAUGCACUUGGUCGUAAGCCGUCCAGACCGUUGCCAAUGGCAAAGCCGAGACUGCUCAAGAAAAGAGAUUCGUCUUCAAGCACCACGUCCAACGGUACGCUGAAUGGCAGGAACACCUCGAUCACAAGCGCCUCUUUUGCCGAUCUACCACCACCGCCUAAUCUAUAGGUACUUGACAAAACCAAUAGUCACAUGGACAAAGUGAGAAUACGCGUUGCAGACAUGUUGAUACAUUUCUACUUCUGCCCUUGCAGGCUUCAAGCAUACUUUGCACACAAAAUUGAAUAACAUGAAACUUGGUAUGAACUGUCUGCUUUCAAGUAGUGUUGUUGUUAUGCUGCACGCUGAUAGUAGUGUUGUUGUUAUGCUGCCCGCUGAUAGUUCAAUGUAUACUUUCCUUUCGUAGGUCUUCUCUUAUCCUGUGCCUGUUAGACUGGCUCUGUGCAGCUGCUAAAAGCUGCUUCCUACUCACUGAUUGUACAUCAUACCUACUCACUGAUUGUACAUCAUACCAUGCAGUUCAUAAGCUUUUAUACCGUGUACUAUUAUUUCUUCUUAUUCGAGUAAAGAAGCAAACACCCGUCUUGCA